UCGUAACACACCAUUUUUUGGGGCGACAUCUACCUAUAUCUUGCGGACAAACGCGGAACUAACGUUUUUUCACUUAAAUUCAUUAAUUAAUGAAAUUAUUAAUUAGUUUUAUUACUGGAAUAUGAUUGUAAAUCAUUUAGAAGGAUAUUGUUGAGUUAUUUAUCAAAUAAGCUUAUUAAUUAUCUUAAUUUAAUUAGCAAGAAAACUUGUGCUUCGAUGUAUCGAAAACUUGAAACAUAACCUCAUUUAUUUUUGACGUUUACGACGCAUUUAAAAGAAAAAACAAAAAUAAUUCUAAAGAAAGUAAACAAAUAAAAAAUAAUAUUUCAGCAAUGAUUUUUGCUACUUUUGAAUAUUAUUAGUUAAUAUAAUUAAAAGUAUUCUGUGAAAUAAAGAAAAUGUCAAAUCACUGACAGGAAUAAGGAACAAAUUACUAAAAAAAAAACAUUUCUUGUUUUUAAUGUAAAUAUAAAUAAAUAAAAGAAAAUGUCUAAGGAGAAUAAAAAAGCAGCUAAGUUUUAUCCAAAUAAAGCUGAAAAUCGCUGUGCAUAUAGAAAUUGUAACAAUCGCCGUGGUGACAAUGGUGUUAUUUUGUUUUGUUUUCCAGAUAAAACAAAAAAAGCUGAGAAAUAUGAAAAAUGGUUUCACAAUUCCGGUAUAAAUAAAGAAAAUACCACCUGGAGAUUAAUGAUAUGUAACAGUCAUUUUCACGGUGAAGAUUUUACGACCUAUGAACAUCAAAAACUUCUUCCACGAGCAGUACCAAUUGACUAUCGGCUUAUUGAAAAAGAUGUACAUCAACCAUUUGAUCCAACGAAAGUGGAGAAGGUUUACACUAAUAAUAUGAGUGCAAAUUAUUUAAAUUUUAUUAAAACCGAAAUUACCGAAGAGGAUGAUAGUGAGAGUGAGAAAUGUGAAGAAUUUACAUUUGAUCCGACAAAAUUAAAGAGAGUUUAUACCAGUAAUUCGCCACAUGUUUCGAAAGUUAUUAAAAAUGAAGAUGAUGAAAGUGACACUGAAAAGAAAGAUUUACACGAUUCAUUUGAAUUCGAAGCCAUAAAAAUAGAAGUAAAAGAAGAAGAAGAAGAUUCAUUUGAAUCUGGGAAAGUGAAAUCGGUUUAUAUCGAUAAUUCCUGUACAGAAAGUGUCGUUAUUAAAACUGAAAUAAUUAUAGAUGAAAGUGAGAGGGAAAAUACAAUAUUGCCGGAUUAAUUUUAUACAAUUUAUACAAUUGAGAUUUUUCAACAAAAAAAGAAGAAAUAGUAAUAAUAAUAAUAAAAAAAAGAGUGAUUAGAAUAAAAAAUAUUUUUUUAUCAAGAAUGUUCAUUUUUAUUUCCGCUGAACAAAAUUACCAAUUAAAUUGAAAUAAUAUUUGAUAAAAUAUUACCUAAAAAAUUAAUACAGUUACUAAUAUUGAUAAUAAUUAAUUGCAAACAAUUGUUAACAAUAUUAUUACUGGUAAGCAUGAUUCUAGAACGAAAAUUUACUCCUCAGUCAUUCUUACUGAACAAGGAAAAAUCGACUUGUAGUUUACAAUCUGUGUACUUUACUUUUUUCCUUUUUCAAAUUUCGACAAACAAGCUUAUAUUUCACUAUCCAUUAAUUUAAUUAAUUAAUUUUAUAAAUCAAUUAAUUAAUUAACUAAUUAGUUUAUAAAUUAGUUACUUUUUUCGUACUAAAUUUCUCGAAAUUUACAAGUAUGAAUGUAAUUUCCCUUGAAUGGAAUUUUUAUUCUCUACAACGAAAUUCAAUUUAUAUUAACUAAAUUUUUUCAAUUAAAUUGUAAUUAAACUUUCGUUUAAAAAUUUCGUUAUUAAAUUGAAAUUAAACUUUCGUUU